CGCCACUUGACUUCGUCCAAGCGCAGCUGAGAACCAAGGCAAAGAUGAAGAUGUUGACCAUGACGACGAUGAUGAUGAUGAUGAUGAUGAUGUUGUCGGGCGCACUGGCGCACUCGCACGGCUGUGACGACCUUUACAAGCCCCUCGCCACCAAGCACCUCAAUCAGGUAUUCGGGGAGUGGCGUCUGCUUUGGGGAGCCUCCGAGUUGAUGAUCAUUUCCGACGUCGCCAGUUCCGCAAUCAGUGUCCACCCCAAAAGCGACCACCUCAUCCACCUCUUGGAGAGGAACAACCACCGUGACAGUACGUGUGUGACCUACUCGUUGAACCUGACCGCACCGGCGGACCCCACAAGCGAGGGCCCCCUGGUCUUGCAGGCUGUCAUUGACCGGGUGGUGAGCAACGGUUCGCUGCUGGUUCUCAACAGUUCCUUCGCGCUGCAUUUCUACGAGAGAUCACCCGACGCCAUGUUGAUGUUUCUCCAAGCUGGCGACGACAUGGGCCGCUUCCUACUCAGCUACACCAGGGCCGGGCAUGAGGUGGACAUGGAGCAGCUGAAAUCCGAACAGGAAAAGCUGCUGAAAAUGGUGGAGUGUCUGUCCUUCGUCUCCAAGCCACCAUUCAUCUACGACGGCGCUGCAGAAGUUUGCCCGAUGCCCGACCAACAAGCGGCCUGAGCCGACGCCAGACGCGACAGGCCGAACAAAGCAGCGGGAAUGGCAAAUAAACGCUUUGCGUCCCCUUCGCUCA